AUCAUCAAAAUAUAAUAAAAUGUGAGUACAGAAGAAAAUACAACAAUUCAUGUCAUUCUCUCAUCUGAUGCAAUGAACCCGAUAAAGGCCACAAACGGUAAUUUAUAUUUACAAUAUCAUGUCAGCUAUAAUUAUAAACAGACAGUCGAUCACCGCUCACCAGUUGAUCAGAGAUAACGUGCAACAAUUGUCGUCGGCGUCCAGUGUCCGUCGGCCUCGACCAUUUUCGUGGGCAAUGCGCACGCAGCUACGAUCGUCGAUCUCUUUGUGUUAUUUUCAGCAACAGCAAAGUGCGCAAGAAGCUUUAAAUAGGACCGGACAGCGCGAUGAGAAAGCCAGUGCGUAUGAGCGAUCGCGGUCCCGCAGGCACACGCUGAAACAUCGAAUCAUCCUCAAUAUGCCGACCGAAUGUACAGUGAAUCCCCUGCAGCGUGAGCUGGCUGACUCGAUAAUUCGCAUGCAGCCUUUAGACGAGAUCAGGAUCCUCUUGGCUUGCGGAGCAAAGCCAAAUGAGCCCGUGACUCAGGGUCUGAGGCCCCUCCAUUAUGCCGUGUGGCAGCGCUACAGCGACGCGGUGCAGCUGCUGCUGGUCCGUGGCGCCGAUGUCGAUGCAACAGACGAAUGUGGCUAUUCAGCCCUGCAUCUCGCAGCUGAACACGGCUAUCACGAUCUCGUCAAACUUCUCCUCAAAUGCGGUGCCAAAGUGGAUCAUCGUGAAGAUACUUCCGAACCCUUCCCCAGGACAACGCUAUGCGAUGAGCCACUGAGGCUCGCCCUUCGCAAUCAUCACAUCGACGUGGCGAGAACGCUGCUGGAAGCCGGCGCCAACCCCAACAAGAGGUAUUUCUUCGGCUCUGAAAUUAAUCUCGUCUCGCCUCUUGAUCUCGAGUGUAUUGAGCUCCUACUGGCGUUUGGCGCUUACCCGAAUUCGCGGGAUCGCGCGGGACUGACACCGCUGAUGAAGGCUGUCCGAUUACCACAGAAAGUAUUAGCUUUUGAAAAAUGGUACCGCGAUGCCUUCCCAAUGAUCGGCGGACCAGCUGAUGUUCUUCUUGGCUCUGACAGGCAUCGCGACAUCGCCAUUCAUCGACAAGGAGAAGGUCGCACUUUGGAAUUAGGCAUAGCGUCGGUUCUAUUGUUGCUGAGUUAUGGCGCAAAUGUUAAUGCUAUGGCUGACGCCCGACAUGACUUUCGUACAGUUCUACACUAUGCCAUUCUCGGUGGUGACCUCGAUGUUAUAACCCUCCUGCUUAAACAGGGUGCCAAUUUGGAUCUUGGUUCUGACUACCAAAAGCCCACAGCCCUCGACCUAGCAAUACUCAAAGGCGAUCCUGCCAUCGUCGAGAUGUUCCUAGAAUCAGGUGCGAAUGUCAAUGCGACUUCGCCGAUAAUCGGCUCACCGCUACACGUGGCCUGCGCCGACAAUAUCCCCAACCGGUUGGACAUUUUGAACAUGCUCCUCGAACGCGGUGCUGAUCCGAAUCUUGUGAUCCGAAGUGAGGAGGGUCUGUCGUUGCGACCGGUGCUCGCUGAGUACGUAGCUUCAAACGAGAAUCCCUCGGUCGAGGUCGUCUCGCUGCUGCUCAAAUAUGGAGCUCGAGUCGUUAUAAAGACCCAGUUCCGCGAUCCCCAUGGCAUUCUGAACUCGCUGCAGCAUGCGGCGGACAAGCCGCGACUUCUUCAGGCUCUUCUCGAUGCUGCGGAGAGCUUCGAUCCCUGUAUGAUACGGCGCUCCUCGAGCCUGACUGCCGCCCAGAAGGCCCUCGUGAUGCAGGCUGCGAGGACGCCCCUCCCUCUCAUCCACCAGGCAAGGCUCAUCGUUAGGAAGCUCUGCGGUACAAAGCUCACCAAGAUUGUCACUAGACUUCAACUGCCUCAUAGCCUCCAUCGCUAUUUACUCUACGACUUCUGCUGACCACCCCCGAGGCAACAUUGUCUAAAGCUCCCACCGUCUUCAAUUUCCGAUUAAUGAUCGAUGCAAUGAUCUUUGUGCGCCUAGCUUUACAUGGCGUGCGCCACGUUUUGCUUUUAGAUAUUGUGAUAUAAAUAUCGAUUGAUUUGUAUACGCAGAGCCGCCAAUUUGUCGCAUGUAAUGGCAAUUUUAAUGCCUGCACAUGUUAAGCAGUUUUCUAGAAUCAACUUUUCAACGAUUUAAACGCCCAACGACAUAGUUGAAAUAUUUUGAACGAAUAUAAAUAUAGGUACCAAAUACAUUAAGUUUCCUAUUGACUCGAAUA